GGAAACUUGUCCUCGGGUUACGGCAGCGGCGGCCGCGCUUGGCGGCCGCGGGGCGAGCGGCGAGUGGGAGCCGCGGCGCUGAGGAGACGCGGGGGAUAUGGCCGAGGUACCGCCGGGGCCUAGCAGCGUCCUCUCCCCGCAGGGGGAUACGCUCUCCCCUUUCUCCGGAGGAGGAGGGGGAGCCGCUUCCUCCUCCUCUUCCACCUCCUCUGCUGCCGCCGCCGCCACCGCCUGCACCGGCGCCCAGGACGAGGAGGCUGAGGAGGAGGAGGAGGAAGAGGAGGGACCCGCGGGCGGACUGGAGAGGGAGCAGCAGCGAGGAGGAGGAGGCGGAGGCGGCAGCGACGGCGGCAACGGGGGGCCGCAGCAGCAGCAGCACCGCCUCCACCACCACCACCAUCACCCCCCGCACCACAACCACCAGCUCAACGGCCUCAUCAGCCCCGAGCUGCGGCACCUGCGGGCCUCCCUCAAGAGCAAGAUCCUCAGCUCCUCGGAGGCAGGGGCGGCCCCCGAGGGGCUGGAGAACAAGCGAGCCAGCAAAACAAUGGGCUCCGGACAGCAGCAGUCGUCGCCCCCGACCGCAGCCCCGUGCUCGUCCCCCCUUAUCAACCACCUCCCUACCCAGGAAAGGACUGCACCCUCUCCUCCUCCUUCUCCCCCACCAGCAGCGCCAGGGGACAGGAGCCAGCCUGCUGCUACAGCUACGACUGCUGCUAAGACUGCAGCCCGCAAUGGACUGGCAGGAGGGACUGUCUUGGAGGAGGAAGAACAGGAGGAGGGGGAUGAAGGAGGGGAGGAGGAGGAGGAGUCCCAGCAGCUACUCUCCAGGUCCUUAGCAGCAGCUUGUAGUUUGAAAGGCUCGGGAACGGACUCUCAGCCCGAGGAGGACCUAACGAUACGAUACGUCCGAUACGAGUCAGAGCUGCAGAUGCCCGAUAACAUGAGACUGAUCACCAAAGAUCUGUCUGAACCCUACUCCAUUUACACAUAUAGGUAUUUUAUCUGGCCACAACUUUGCUUUUUGGCCAUGGUAGGUGAGGAGUGUGUAGGUGCCAUCGUCUGCAAGCUGGAUAUGCACAAAAAGAUGUUCCGCAGAGGUUAUAUAGCCAUGUUAGCAGUGGAUUCCAAAUACAGAAGAAAAGGAAUUGCACUGCAUAUUAUUAUGACUGUCCAAGCAUCUAUGGCUUGUAUCCACCUCCAGCCUCCCCCAUCGGCGUCACGGAGGCACCAAGGCACACCUGCAUCCACAGGCACAGAGGCCAUGGCUGCCACGGCAUUCCUCGUCUGUGUCUUGCUGUGCUUCAUCCUGAACCUGCUGGUGGCUGGUGAUGAGCUGGAUGAGGCCACAUGUGAGCGCCUGGAGGAGCGUGCCCAGUACCUGAACGAGGAGAUGACUCGGCUGCUGCAGGAGAUCGAGGAGAGGACUGUGGAUCAGAAGACUCAGGAGCAGAGUGGCUUUGCCUGGGCAGCCCCGCUCUUUGCUACCUUGCAGCAGUGGCACCUCUGGGUGAUUGCUGGAGUCCUGGUCCUACUCUUUGGGCUCUGCUGGUGGUUCAGGAAAAGGAGCCACGAGGCAGAAAGCAGCAGCACUGAGGAAAGUUCCAGCUGCAACAGUGAUCGUGAGGAAGAGCAAGAAGUGGGGCAAGAGGAGGAAGGAAGUGAAGGAGAACGUUCUGAUGAGGAGAAGGAUACUGGGAGCGCGGCGAAGAGGAGCGGGGCACGAAGAAGGAGAUGGCCAGUGUACAAUCUGAUCCUGGUGGUGGAGGAAGUGGUGGGUGAACUCCUUCAGAUCUUCCAAAAGCACUUUUGCAACAGUUUCUUCCCCUGGCUGCAAACAGCCAUCAGUGUGGGCAGCACCUUGGAAGUCUGGAGUCUCGGUGAAGGUGAUGCUGUCUACCAGAUGCUCCUGCCCCUGAAGCCACCUUGUGGCCACACCUUCUACUUGGAGCUGGGCACCACAGGGGAGAAGCCAGCAGAAGACCCCUGCAACCGUGUGAAGCUGGAGUGCACCUGCACGACGCAGCAAAUGGUGGAGAACAUGCUCUGCUUCCUGCACCCUCCCGAGGAAGAGCUGACAAAAUAUCAAGACCCCAGUCUCCUCCACACCCUCUGCAGCCUCUAUCUAGAUGUGCAAAAAACUGCCCGCUGGUUCCAGACCUUCGUGAUGUCAGCGUGGACGGAUGUGGCUCAUUCACAUCACUACAACAUAGAGAUGCUGCCCUCCAGAUGGUCCUGCAAGCUGCAGGUGACAACUGUCUCCGGAAGAACUCUCUUCAUUGAGUUGAUUUGUGGGGUGCAGCAAGGGGACUCAGACAUCUUCCUUAGUAGCCAGGCUACAGAGGACACCUCCACCCCAAGCACAACGUGGCCAGAGAGCUGUGCUGUGGCAGAGGUGAAGUUCUUCAGGCACAUGGCCAGGGAGGCCCCAGCCAACCGUGUCCACCUCAAAUGCCUUCGGACCUGCGCCCACACCCUGAUGGGCACAAGCUUUUCCACCUAUGCAUUCAAGACCCCUGUGAUGCACCUCCUGAACACAAUCCCCACCUCAGACUGGCACAGAAAGUAUUUCCUACCACGGCUGGAAGACAGCAUGCAGUACAUGGGCUUCUGCCUGGAGGAGAAACGCCUCAACCAUUUCUUCCUUGGCAAUGAGAACGUGCCCGAGGAGAUAAGCUUGCCGCUAUCCUUCAAAAAGGCUGAGCCACUCAAUUUCUUCCAAAGCUUCACACAGGAUCUGGAUGCCUAUGCUGACGCGCUGCGUCAUUUCAAGGAGCUGCAAAAUCAAAUCGUAAGACAGCUCUGCGAGGAAUAUUGGAAGAGGUCUUCAUGCACAGAGCUGUGAUUGUGGGUCUCACAGCUGACGGCAGGUGACAUCCUCACACUGCAGGGAAAAGAAGGGGGGAAUGCAGGACACAGGGAAGGGAAACCCCUGCACAGCAGCCCUCUGCCAAGAGCGGCUGUGUUCUCCCUUCAGCGAUCUCCUUGGUGCAGUGGAUGGUGAUGACCAGAGUGGCUACAAAGAUGAUUUCCAUCUGCCUUUCCGCUCGUGCAGUCACUACCACAGUGGUGAUUUCACGUGUCCCAUAGAUUCUUUCUAGCAGGUGCAGCUGGGCAGGGACCAAGCCAAAGCCACCACUGAUAUGCCUCUGUCUGCUCGCUGGGCUCUGGAUGGACAAUCCAUCCACCCAAGACACUCUUUGGGUAGCUGGUGUCACAAAACUGAGUGCACUGGACAUGGGGAACAGGCUGCUCGGUCAGCACGGUGUGCUGGAGAUAGAAAAUUACUUGAUCUGUAGGGGUAAAGCGGUGUAUUGUAUUGUUGCCAGGUUAAGCAAGCGCCUGACUGGCACUUGGUACACCACGGGAGAAAGACUGUGUUAAGAACCAUGGAGAACUGUAUUGUCAAAGGAAGGAGAUACAGAAAAUGUGCUAAACUACACUACAGAGCAUCUCAGAACCCUGAUGUUUGCAAUUUACUUAUUUAUAUGUUUGGCUAUAUUGUAGAACCAAAAGUGUAUUUGUUUUACCCCCAAAAUGCAUGUUCAUAGCUCCAUCUCAACCCUAACUUCAACUUUGUCUCUGCGCUGAUGAGAGUGGCACCAUUUCCAUUAAAAUAACCCGGUUACACUUUUGUGGCCAUAAACCUACAAAAAUUGUAGUUGUCCUUUCUUUCACCCAAAGAUUUUUGAAUGAAGGAUCUGUGAAGAAGUCUCUGCUAUGUGAUUUGCCUGAGGUUUGCUUUUAUUGACUUAAAUGGAAGCAGAUUGGAGCCUCGGGAAGGCUGCUGCCCUCCAGAUAACUUCCCUAAACAGCACUUUUUCAUGUGUAGUAGACAGAUCUUUUCUGAGCUGACUUCUCAACCCUUCUGUUUACAUCUAUGGAUAAUAAAAGGAGGUUUAGCCCAGAGCUUUCUUGCCUCUGAUGAGCAUUUGCAGCCCUACCCAUGUCUUCUCAGGGAAGGGAGCAAAGCAGCGCUGGUUUAUCUGAGGGUGCCGGGUAUUUUAGCUGUUACCUGAAGAACAGCUAUUUUAGAAAAGCGGAAUUUAUGUACAUGAAUAUGGGAUAACUGGAAUCUGCCAACUAACCUGCGGUAAGCUUACCCUGUAUAUUAUCGCAGCAAAGAUUUCGGGUGGUGAAGCUUAAUUUUUAGGUGCGUUUUCAUUAGGAUUAUCAGCUCAUCAUUUCAUCCCCAUGAGUAGUGGCUGGGCAGGAAGGAAGGGGAGCACAGCUAUGUGCACAAGGGCAUCCCCUGCCUUGCCUCGUCUGAACAAACACUGCAAUACUCUGCUGGUGAGGACAAACUCAGCGUCUCUGCCUGAGCUACCUGGAGCUCAGAUAAAGUCAUCACCCAAAGGAAGGAAAGUUUUUGGGAGCCCUGCAGGAUGGGUUCUGCUGCUUCCCAACCUGCCUGCUGCCCCUUCUGCUCAGCAAACAUGGUCUGUGCCUGGAACAGGGCUUAGCGUGGGCAUGGGCAGAGGUGCAUAGUUUGCUGAAAAGGGGGGUUUUAGAGAAAGCCUUUCAUAGCAGCAAAAUAAAACCAUGGCAGAGCAAGAUAUUAGGCCAUCGGGAAGAAGCAGGUGGAGCCAGGAAUGAUGGCUUCAUUGGCCAGUGUCAGCCAGAAGAAUGAGCUGAGGAAACCGCACUGAUCUGACAUAUUGGUAAGUUUGCCUUUUCUUGAGGUAUCCUUCUUCAAAAAUGGGAGCAAAACUGUGUUUGGAGGCCUGAUAUGCGGUUGAUUGACAUAGCUGGUGCUCUCCUAGCUCUUGGGAAGGCUGGAUUUGGGCUGCUUUUGGAUUUCUUAAGGAAAAGAUGGGUGUAUUCCACCCUGCCAAUCCUUGGGGAUCACCUCUGCUAUAGGCUGAGGUCUGAGCACCUGCAAAGAGGUGGCAGCAGGAAAAGGGGUCUGAGCUUGGACCCCCCCCCUUGCUAUGACGUAGGUUGGUGUGCGCUGUGUGGUUUGAAGCUGCCGCUUGUGUUGCUGCCCCAGCUUCACUCCCAUGAGAGAUGGGUUCUUCAGUCCAGACCGGGCUGGUGGGCUUGAACCAAAUUCUGCCCAAAGCUGCUUAUGCUCCUUAACAAGAGCAAAGCAGGGCCACUGCGGCUUUUCCCUUUGUCCUUGUUCUGGCUUUUCCCAAGGUGCUCUUGGAGCCACCAGCCCCUGCAGAUGCUUGGGGGGAGAAAGUGAAGCUGGGGAGGGAGGAGGAAACACCUUCACAUUGCAAAGGCAUCCCAGAGGUGCUGCUGGGGCAAGUCCUAAUGACUACUGGUUCAUUUCAAAAUCAAAGAGGAAUUAUUUGACAUUUUCUUCUGAAAAGACCUUUGCAAUGUUGGCAACUACCCAGGGAAAACAAAGGAGAAAGGUACAAUUUCCCAGGCCUUGGGUGCCAGCAGCUGACAGCUCAAAUUUGCUUGUUGUCUGCAAACAAGCUGAAUUCCUUGUCCUAACAAGAGCUGGAAGAAUCUGUUUUUAUAGCCUAGAAAUAGAGGUUUGGCCUUGGCCUUAUUUGGUAAUCUGUUUGGAAUUUGCUGGUGGUGAUCAACAGUUGUUUAAAACUGCUGGCAGCCCGCUGGUCUUCACGCAACGACUCGAUGGUCUUGGGCUGUUUCCAGCUCUGUGCUUUAAACUUUGCUUUCCUACGAUGCAACGAAAAGGCUACAGUCUACACUAGAAGGCAGAAAAUAAAACGACACUGAAAGGCAGAAAAUAAAAACCUGAUGAAAGGAAAUGCUUUUUCACACAAUUAGCCUUUGGGAUUUGUUGCCACAUGGAGCUGCUUAGGCCAAACGUUUAGCACACCUUUAGGGAAGGAAAGGGUAUCUACAGAAUUAUACAGAAAACAGAUUUUUCCCAGGAAAAAAGUUUGAAUUUGAAUGAGGGGCCUGAAGUUCAGACCAGGAGUUUCAGCUUCAGUCUGAGCAAUUAAGAUGCUCUCUGGACUGCAGCAAACUCUUGAAUUGCAACUUGGAGUUGCAGGUGAGUGUCACAACUACCUGUUGCACUAUUAAUCUGCUUCUAUAAUUGUUUUUCCUACAACUGGUUCACCCAGCAGGUGUUUCAGUGGUGGUACAGUUCAUGUUACCUUCUUCCUUGGGCCGUAUCAGCACUACAAGAGACUGGGCUUGAUGGGGUUUUUUUGUGGGCAGCAAAGGCAUUGGUGGCUUCUCCCAUUACUCCAGGUGAUGCUUGACUACGUGCUGCAAGCGAGGUCAAACUCUACCUUCCCUUCAGACAGGAACAAAGUACAGGAAGUUUUGGGUAUGAAAUAAGCUCUGUUGAACACACUGGCAAGGCUGGAGCGAGUCUUCCUCCUGGAAAAGGUUUCUCCCAGACGCAGGCUUGCAGGUGCUGGACCCCUGAGAAGCCACCUGAGCUGGAAUUUUAGCAUGGUUAUGAUGGACACGGCAUUCUUUAGUCACCUUGAGUUGAAAUUAAUGCAGCAUUUUAUGAUGGGUUUUCCUUUUUCUUUCAUUUUGAGUAUGCCAGGACUGGUUUUAAAAAAAAACAAACCCAAAAAAGAAAAGCCCCCCCUGUGUUUUCGAACUGCCCUGAAAUGGCAAGCCCUUCAUUUAAAAUCCUUUUUUUCAUUAUUAGUGUGAUUUUUCACCUGAGAGACUGAAUUUGCAUCCAGGUGUUUCAUAACACUGAAUGUGUUCCAGUGUGCUGCAACGGUACUGGGUCCGGCCCUGUUCAUUGUCUUUAUCAAUGACCUGG